AUGGUCUACACCGGAAAGCCGAGCCGGGGGUGUGGGAUGUGUAAAAGCCGCCGAAUAAAGUGCGACGAGAAACGACCAACAUGUGGCAACUGCAAAAAGUCCGCCCGAGUAUGUCCCGGCUAUCCUGAUGAUUUCGACCUGGUCUUUCGAGAUGAGAACAAAGCUAUGGCCAAGAAGGCGAGGAAGUCUUCCGGAACGACCGCGUCGAGCAAUAGCAACGGUGCGUCAAGCUCCAGCACUUCGCCGCAUCUGUCACCUUCUUCGACGUUCGAUGUACCACCAGGGGAGAAUGCAGUACCUGGGGAGAAAGCCUUUCAAAUAAUCACCUCACGAUCAAGAAUACCCUCAGACUUAAGCCCAUCACAACAAAUACUUGCUCUGUCCAACUAUACAACACCACCACUGUCUCUAGACCAGUCUUUCGACUUCGAAGCGUUCGUGUGGAAUCUGGAAAACGCAGUACCGCCAACCAUAACACUCGCGCCAGAAUGCGAAGCCGUACCGUUCUUCUUCAAGAACUUCAUCACCCUGCCACAACAGGCCGAAAGCACACGAGGAUACCUAGAAUAUCUGGUGCCACUCUACAAUCGUGCCCGCCCAUCUUCGGUCCUCCAUUUGGCUACUACUGCUGUUGCGAUGGCAACAUGCGGUCAGUAUCCUGGCCGACAACAGCUCCUCCGUGAAGCGGUAACCACCUACGGCAAGGCUAUCAAGAAACUGAACGAUGACCUGAAAGAUCCUGCGAUGGCAAAGAGCGAUGAGACGGUACUGGCUGUUCUCAUGUUUUCAUUAUAUGAAACCAUAAUGAGUACAGACGACACUAUCACGGCAUGGGGAAAUCAUGUGGACGGCGCUGUGGCAUUAACGAAACUAAGAGGAAUCGAACAGUUCAACGAUCCAAUGUCACAUGCAAUGUUCCGCGCCGUGCGAACAAUGAUGAUUACAAGCUGCGUUCAACGCUCGAAACCCAUCGACUCUUUUCCUGGUACCGGAGGUUGGGUCGGCAACGGCGACAUCUCAGAAGAAAACGCUGCCAAUCGGCUGACACUCAUCUGUAUCGACCUCCCAAACCUCCGCGCCCGUGCAAAUCUCCUCACUACCACACCAUACGACUCCGCCUACGAAUCAGAAGCGAAGCAAAUCCUCGACCUUGCGCAAAUGGUCGACGGGAACCUCGAAGAAUGGUACCGCACCCUGCCUCCAGAGUGGAAACAUCGGAUCAUCGGCGUCUGCAGCGAUCCAAUCGCACCCGAGGAGAUCGCGCUGGCUGAAAGAUGGCCCGGCGAGCAACAUGUAUAUCAUGACGUGUCGUUGGCGAGUAUAAUGAAUGACUACCGCGUUUGUCGGAUUUUCUGUCGAAGAGUCAUCAUGGCAUGUGUGACAUGGCUCAGCAUCGGUGGCAACUAUGCAGAUAGCGAUGAGACGUGGAGUAGGAGCGUGUUUGUCAUCCAGAUGAUGGUGGACGAGAUUAGUGCAUGUGUGCCAUUUCACAUGAACUACGAGUUGCAACCCGUGGCGAAGGAAAUGGGUCAAGAGCAAAAUGCUGCGGAGGCAUUCGGCGGAUACUCACUGGUAUGGCCACUAUACGUCGCAGCAAACGCCGAGACCGUACCACAAGAGCAACGCGACUGGCUGCUAGGUCGACUGUCCAUUAUUGGCACAAAGUUUGGGCUGAGUAGUGCUCAGGUGCUGCCGAAUGUUAUGUUCCAUGGAUCGUCAUCCGUAUCUAACGCACUCGCCUCUCGCAAGGUUUACCCCGCCACACGACCCUCAGCGCAACACCAGCCUCGCUACGUCAUCAUCACCACAACCAUGGGCGCAUUGAACCUCAUCCCGCUCUUUGUUCUCUUCGCGGUGGUCGGAGGUGUGGGAUGGGUCGGUUAUCAGAUCUUCCUCUACUCCAACGAGCUCGCCGAGCGCGGCGUCAAGAAGAUGGAGAAGAAGAACGUCGUCUUCACCAAAGACGGCGCUAAAGUCGGAGUCAAGGAAGUCAAUGCAGAAGACUAUGCGGAUAAGACGCAACGUGCCUUCGUCAAGACAUGGAAUACUGCGCAUGAAGGGCACAUCCCUGGUCCCCUCUUCGCACGCGCCACCGGUCUAUGUUUCGCGCUACACAUACGCGAUGGUAGUGUGGUCAAAUGGAUCAAAGAAUGCCACGAAAAAUACGGCGAUGCAGUGCGUCUAGAACCGAAUGAAGUCAGUUUCAUCUCGGGAGAGACUGCGUGGCAGGAUAUCUACGGCCACAAGACGGAUAGAAGCAGAAACUUUGUCAAGGACCUGAAGUGGUUCCCCCGGCCUGUCAAUGGCGUCUUGUCACUUCUCAUAGCAGACGAGGAGGGACAUCCGCGGAUGCGACGUAGCUUAUCGCACGCUUUCAGCGACAAGGCUCUGCGAGGACAAGAAAGUCUCAUACAGUCUUAUGUUGAUCUUCUGGUACAACGCCUGGGUGAACACGCUGCCGAAGACACGGACAUCGAUAUCAGAACAUGGUACAACUUCACGACCUUUGACAUCAUAUCCGACCUCACAUUCGGCGAGCCCCUCUACUGCCUCCGCGACUCCAAAGAACACCUCUGGAUCUCCAUCACCCUCCGCAGCCUGCAAGCCAUCGCCCUCCACGUCUCGCGAGGCAAGCACUUCACAUUCCGCUACCUCGACCUCGUCCGCAGUUUCUUCACCGACAACACCGGCCCCAUGCGCGCCCGCUACGAAUUCGCAAAACGCGCCCACGACAUGGUCAGCAAGCGACUGGAAAAGAUCCAAAGCGGCGAAGACACACGCCCCGAUUUCUUCACCCACAUAAUCAAGAACCAAGAGAAAGAAAGCACGCGGCUCACCCGCGCGGAAAUGGAUAGUAAUGCUGUGUCUUUCCUUAUUGCAGGCAGCGAGACGAGCGCCACGGCUCUGGCGGGUGCGACGUACCUCCUUCUCCGCAACCCACAGCCGUACAGGAAACUCGUCACGGAAAUCCGGUCGCGCUUCUCCUCUGCGGAUCAGAUCACCGUUGACGAAGUCAAUAAACUGGACUACCUCAUUGCUGUAUUCCAGGAAGCGUUGAGGUACUACCCGCCUGCUGCUACGGGCCUUGCUCGUGUGGUGCCGGCGGGCGGUGACCGUGUGUCGGGCUACUAUGUUCCUGGCGGGGCUUCGGUAUACGUUUCCAUGCAUGCCAUGGGCCAUUCUGAGCGUAACUGGCGUGAUCCGGAUGCUUUCGUGCCGGAGAGGUGGUUGGGGGAUGAGCGGUACAGGGAUGAUAAGAGGGCGAGCCAUCAGCCUCUUGCACAUGCGGAAACGCGCCUCAUUCUCACCAAGGUGCUUUUCGCUUAUGAUCUGGAACUUGUGGAUAAAGAAACGGAUUGGAUGGACCAGAAGGUUUUUGCGCUUUGGGAUAAAGGGCCUAUGAUGGUCAAGGUGAAGCCUGCACAGCAGCCGUGA